CCUAUGGCAGAAGGCAUGAAGCCCGCCUUCGACAGGCGAAAACGUAGACCCAAAGACCCGCCUCCUAAAAAAUCUGCACCCGCACGGCCGCACCGGACAAAACCAACCACCGCGCGCGCAGGCCACGCCAUUGCCAUGGCUCCUCUCCUCCUCCCCCUCCGCCUCCGCCUCCUGCCCCUCCCGGCCGCGACCUCCGCCCCGCAGCCCGCGCAAAGGCCACGGCUUCCCUUCCGCAGGCACCUGCGCCUCCCGGGCCUCCAAUGCCUCGCGGGGCCGGGGCUCGCCGCGCCUUCGUCUCCUCCCCCUCCGCCUCCGCCUGCGCCGCGGUGGCACGCGACCCUGUCCGCGGCGGCGGGGCUGUACCCGGCCUACGUCACGGCCGGCGCCGCCGUCGCCGUCGCGCGGCCCGAGGCGUUCCGGUGGUUCGUCGCCAUGGCGCCGGGGUCCUACACCUGCGCCCUCGGCCUCAUCAUGCUCGCCAUGGGCCUCACCCUCGAGCUCAGGGACUUUGUCGCCCUCCUCCGCGACAGGCCCCUCGCCAUAUUGUUCGGGUGUGCCGCGCAGUACACCAUAAUGCCUGCUCUUGGAGCGAUCGUUAGCCGCGUGCUGGGGCUCCCUCCAUCCCUAUCAGUUGGCCUGAUUCUGCUGGGAUGCUGUCCUGGAGGAACUGCAUCCAAUGUGGUGACUUUGGUUGCUAAGGGUGAUGUUCCGUUAUCCAUUGUGAUGACUAUCUGCAGCACUCUCGCUGCAGUGUUCCUUACACCUCUGUUAACGAAAAUUCUAGCUGGUGCAUACAUUCCUGUGGAUGCGGUGAAGCUUUCUCUCAGUACUUUGCAGGUGGUUGUUGCUCCAAUUCUAUUAGGUUCAUCUAUACAAACUGCAUUCCCAUCGGUGGUUAAAUAUGUGACUCCUUUUGCUCCUCUUCUGGCAGUCUUAGCUUCAUCACUUUUGGCGUGCAGUGUCUUCUCUGAUAACUUCGUACGCCUGAGAUCAACAAUUGCUGAUGCAUCUUGCGUGAAUGGAAGCUUCUUUUCUGGGGAUAUCGGGGUUGUCAUGCUGUCUGUCUCCUUGCUGCAUUUUGCUGGUUUCUUUGUUGGGUAUGCAGCGGCAGCUAUAGGUUGUCUCAAAGAAAGACAACGAAGAGCAAUAUCGAUCGAGGUAGGAAUGCAAAACUCGUCCUUAGGGGUAGUACUAGCUGCUGCACAUUUCUCCUCACCCUUGGUCGCCUUGCCACCUGCACUCUCAGCUGUCAUUAUGAACAUUAUGGGCAGCACACUGGGUCUUGUAUGGCAAUACAUCACACCUUCUGUUUCAGAGAAUGAAACCACUGACAUGCCCGAUGCAUGAUCUGCUCUUACUUUCGUGUGCUUAAUCUCCUCUGUCAUAUCUACUCUGCAAACAUAUGCUGGAUUGAAACCAUGGCUGUAUACCUUUCAGUUCUUUUGAUCAUUCUAUGUCUUCCCUUGGAUGUUUUGUGGGGAUCGCUCAUAA